UCCACUGACGGAGUCGUUAGAGGGAAGUUGUGGUGACGCUGUGUGGUGUGUAGUGAGCGGGAAACUUUGCGUGGUGUUGCUGUGGAGUUUUAUUUGUGUUAACAGGAAGUGAGGAUGGAUUGACCUUGUCAUAUACUAGGUUACGCUUCGAAAAGACGUAAUAACGCAGGAGUAAAAGCGAAGAAACUUAUUCAACUUGUGUAGAGAAAGGUCAUUGAGCGAAACGAUGGAUCUGGAUAAGAUGAUGGAUGAAGUAGGCCACUUCGGGAAAUUUCAAGCCUUGUGUUACUUCAUCCUGAGUUUCUCCAUAUUCUACUCAGCAGUUGCUGGUCUGAGUUACGCCUUCACAACAGCAAAUGUAAAUUACAGGUGCCAUAUCCCUGAAUGCGAUGCUGACGGAGCGUUAUAUCAACCCGAAUGGCUACGUGGCGCUGUACCAUAUCUGGAUGGCAAGCCUAGCUCUUGUGAGAGAUACCUGGCACGGAAUACAUCAUCCGCCAGUGGCUCUCCGACAAACAACAACACCUUCUGCUCACCAGAUAUAUUUGUUAACACCACCACAGUCAAAUGUCAGGAUUGGGUGUUCGAUACAGAAGAAUGGACUAUUGCGAACGAGUGGAAGUUUACCUCCUGUUUUGAGAAACAGUGGAGGUUAACGAUUGUGGGAACUGUAAAUAACAUUGGACAGUUUGUCGGUUUUCCAGUUGCUGGCUACUUUUCCGACAGAGUUGGCAGAAAGACGACGCUGCUGGUGUCUAUCGUGGUGACGUGCUUGCUGGGCGUCCUGCGUUCCUUGGCCUGGUGUUAUGAGGCGUUUCUGUUCUUCGAGUUCGUUGUCGCCGCGUUUAGCGGUGGUAUCUACAACUCUGGAUUCGUUCUAGGCCUGGAGCUGGUUGGUCCACGGUCUCGAGUCAUUGGAGGAUCUAUUAUCAGCUGCUUUUAUUCGGCUGGCAUGGUUCUUCUGUCAGCCGUCGCCAUGUGGUCGAAGAACUGGCGGAUAUUGCAAGCCAUUUAUGCACCAGGUUUAAUCUGCAUCAUGUACUACUGGAUCCUGCCAGAAUCCGUCAGGUGGCUUCAGUCCAAAGGAAGGACCGCAGAAGUUAAAGCAAUUAUGUUGAAAGCAGCUAAAAUAAAUGGGAAAACCCUGUCUGAUCAUGAAUUUAGCAAAUUUGAAUUAUCACCUAUCUCAGAGAAGACGGAAGAAGAGCAGCCUGUACAGAAGAGAUCUCACUCCGAAGCUUUCAAGAAAGUAUUUAAAUCAAAAAUAUUGCUGUUCAGGCUGGUUAAUUGUGCCUUCAGCUGGAUCACAAACUCCUUUGUGUAUAUUGGAUUGUCACUGUCUGCUGUAUCAUUUGGAAGUAACAAGUACUUAAACUUCAUGUAUGUAGCAGCAGUGGAGAUUCCAGCUUAUGCAGUCACACCAAUCUUCUCUGAUAAAUUUGGCAGAAGACUUUCUUUGUGUGUCUCAUUUCUAAUUGCGGGUGUUUGCUGUGUUGCUUUUGCCUUUGUACCAGAAGAUUAUGAGACAGCAAAACUUAUUGUGUUCCUGGCGGGAAAGUUUGCCAUUACUGUUGCCUUUACGGUGAUAUUCGUGUUCACUGCUGAGCUCUUCCCAACCGAGCUCCGACAUUCAAUGCUUGGCACUUGCUCAAUGCUGGGACGUAUUGGUUCCAUUAUUGCGCCUCAGACUCCACUCCUGGCUGAGAUCUACAAGUCACUACCUUUCUUCCUAUUUGGAGGCAUGUCUGUUGCAUCUGGACUGCUAGUACUUUUAAUUCCCGAAACACUAAACCAAAAAUUACCAGACACUGUGGAGGAAGCUGAGAACCUGGGCAGACGACAGCGCACAUGAUGCCACAAAUGGGCAUCUCAAGGCUUCAGGCCAGCUCUGUUCAGAGCAUGAGUUCUGUGAGUUGUGGCACAAUGACUGGACAACAGACUAUAAGUACUUCAGUGCAAAGGACAGUGUCAGUUCAAUGAUUUGUGUGCAGUUUAGUGUGUACUGUUUGUACUUAGUAUUAAGAUUUUGUGGGUAGAUCUGCAUUUAGAAAGAGUGAUAGAAAUUAAGCUUUUUAGUGAGAUAUUUAAAGCUCAUCAUAGAUAUAUUUUCUUAUUUUUGUAGGCAUAUUCUGAAAUUUCUCACAAACACAAGUGGAAAGCAGUGGAAUUGGCAUUCCUGUAUUAUAGCAUCAAAAUUACAUCACAUUAUCUUUGACAGCAUUUCAGAAUUCAUGAUAAUGAAAGUACAAGGAUAGUCCACUGUUUGAUAUCAGUAAGGAUGAGAUGGACAGGCCACGGAGCCUGUGUGAAGAUAAUGAGUAGUGCAAUAUUUUUGAUAAACCUAAAGCAAGUAUAAUUCAGAGAUCUAGGAAGAUAAUAACAACA